ACGUGAUCAAUUAGUGAGGGGAACCCCCGAUGAAUCUGUGAAUACUCUUUUAUUGUAUUUGAAGAUGACGGGAAGCGUCAGUUUCUCGUGGUCUCUUGAAGAUGAAAGUUCUCGUAGCAAUCGGGGUGAAUCUCUUUUUGUUAUCAUGGAUGAGUCAAGCGUUCGGUGCUUCUCCGACAAUUAUUAAAAGAGCAGAAUGGGGUGCGAGACCCCCGCGGAAAACACCUGAGCAACUUUCAGUAAACCCCCCUCCAUUUGUUAUCAUCCACCAUGCUGAUUCAGACGGAUGUACUUCGCAAGCGAUUUGUCAGGCACGUGUACGAGCCUUUCAGAAUUAUCACAUGGACCAUAAUAAUUGGGACGACAUUGGAUACAAUUUCCUGGUUGGAGAGGAUGGAAAUAUCUACGAGGGUCGAGGCUGGAGAAUAAGAGGCGCCCAUUCCCCUUCUUACAAUACAAAAAGCAUGGGCAUCUGUUUCAUCGGCAAUUUCCAACGUCGUGUGCCUCAACCCGCUGCCAUCAAAGCUGCCAAGGCCUUAAUAGAUUUUGGUGUCGCAAAUGGGGAAAUCAUGACUAAUUACACUCUCUUCGGGCACCGUCAGACAACAACCACAAUUUGUCCUGGAGAUAAAUUGUAUGAGUUAAUUAAGACGUGGCCGAAUUGGCAAAAAAUAUGACCCCUAAACAUUUUUUUAUACCCCGGUAAAUCAUUCGCCAGAACUACAAUUUCAAUGCACUGUCAUCUGUAUUUAAAUAACAAUUUAAACAAAUAUAAACAAAUAAUGAAUAGAUUAUAAUAUAACAUCAAA